GAACCUCAAAGAAGAAGACACGCGCUCACUUAUAUCAUCUCUAUCCAGGGGACUUCUACUCAGGAACAGUAAGCAGCGAGAUUUCUACGCUGGUCGCAGAAGAGCAACGGAAAAACAGUCAGCAUGUUUGGAGCGGUGGUUGUAGGCAUUGGAACAGCUGGUUGGGUGAGGAUUAGAGACAUGUUAGCUCCUCUACCUGGCAGUGCUGCAGAGAAACUUAAUGUCAAAGGAUUCAUCUCCAGGAGGACCCUGGACACUCAGCAGGGCGUGAGUCAGAUCUCAGAGGAAGAAGCUAUGAGCAGAGAAGACAUUCACGCUGCGUUCAUCUGCACUGAGAAUGCGUCUCAUGAAGACUACGUCAGAUCUUUUCUGCAGGCAGGGAAACAUGUCUGUGUGGAGUAUCCCAUGACUCUGAGCUACAAGGCUGCUGCGGAGCUUUGGGAUUUUGCCCAGGAGAAAGGAGUGAUUCUCCAUGAGGAACACAUCGAGCUGCUGACAGAAGACUUCAAGAAACUGAAAAAAGAGGUAGAGGGGAAAGUCCUGCAGGAAGGUACUCUUCAUUUUACAGGUGGAGUCUUGAAGCCUGGAUUUGGUUUCCAAGCUUUCAGCGGCAUCGCUCGCCUCACCUGGUUGGUCGAGUUGUUCGGUGAGCUGUCAGUAACCGCAGCAACCAUGGAGGAAGACUCUGGUACCAACUACAGCAAGUUGACCGCAAAGCUGCUAACUUCUGAAAACAGACCUCUGACGUGGAUCGAGGAACGGGGGCCGGACCUCCCCCGGGCCAAGAACAUCAACUUUCACUUUGACUCCUGUACUCUGACCCAGAUCCCUCCGGCUCCCAGGGCGGCUGUGGGCCUCUUCAUGCAGGACCUGAUCCAAUUCUCUGCCAAGCUGGCAGGCCAAGUGAGUCCGGAGGAGCUCCAGAGGGAGAAAACCAGGAUCCUACACUGCUUGCAACUGGCAGAGAGGAUACAACAACUUUGCCAAAGUUAAAUGGGGACUCUCAAGUACUUAAAUAAAUCUUUAUAUUUCAUCACCAUGCCCUUAAGUUUUUGUAUCGUAAUGCAAGUAUCAUUUAGAAGUAUUAGAUGUCCUCAAAACUGAGACUAUUACUGUUUGAAGGUUGAGUCGUUGAACACAUUCUGCUAUGAGCAACCCAUAUUUAGAGUUUCAUUUGGUAAAUGGACUGCAUUUAUAUAGCACUUUUCUAGUAUUAGUGACAAAUUCACAUUUGGUAGUAUUUUGGGCUUCAGUAUCUCGGCUAAAGACACUUCAGGAACCAAAGCAGCGACCUUCUGAUUGGCAGCAGCUCUGCCUCCGUAGCCACCCCCGCCCCCUAACAUACGGUGCCUGAAAGAAGGAUAUCGCGAGCACCAGUGGUGGAAUGUUACUAAUUAGAUUUACUCAAGUACUGUACUUAUAACUGAGGUUUCCUUUAAUGCCAUUUCUACUUCUACUCCACUAGCAAGCAGUUACUUUACAACUCAAUAUAUUUGCACACUAGACAUAUAUAAUGCAGUUUAGUUAUAAAUGAAACUAUCCAACAAUAUACACGCCUACAAGUAAACCUGACAUAAGACUAUUAAACCCCUUGUUCAUUGACAGAAGAGUUUGGAUUGUUUAGCUUUGCAAAAUGUGAGGAGUACUUUUACUUUCAAUACUUUACAUACAGUAAGUUAAGUAGUACAUCUUCCUGGUGAUACUUUCGUACAGUAAGAUUUUUAUAGAAGGACUUUUAGUUGGGGUUUUUUUUUACGGUGGUAUUAAGUACUGCCCAUAUUCUGCUCAUUUUCAGGUUCAUAAUUGUAUUUUGAGGUUGUACCAGAAUAGGUUUACAUGGUUCAUAAAAAAAAUUUAAAAAAAACAUUUUUGUUGUACUGCACAUAG